AUGGGUGCCGCGCAGUCUAUUCCAUCCGAGAUCGAAGGAGUCCACUUUUCUAACACCCACCCACCCCGGAAUAAACUCACCAAACCUCGAACUAACUCCAACACUACGAGCCGUGAAGCUUCCUGUCUACCUCCAUCGCUCUCUCGACUAAGUCUCUCUGGCGGAUCAAGGCCCUUGACUGUGAAAUAUCAAACUACCGAAGAGUCACCCGCAGGCAUUAUUGGAGUCGAAUAUUUGAAAACAUUACCCCCUAAUGAUGUUCGGAAAUCUGGGAUGUGGUCAUUUGUGGGGGAUCAUGACUUUGAGGCUUAUUCCGAAUCUGCUGUGGAUUCAGCCCUUGCUGGGGUGGUCAGCGUCAUGCCCGUAAGCACUGGAAUGCGCAGAAAAGGGAGUAUGGUCACACGCAGCUCAACCAACAGCAGUGCAGCAUGUGCACCACCUCCCAACCGUAAUUCUGAAAUACCUUCGAUGGGCACUGUCCGGCGUAGAUCCCAACUUCUCGCAGCACCACCUGCGACAGCAACUAGGAAACCAGUACAACCAUACUUACAGGACCAAUGUCUUCCUGAUACACCCUCUCCAGAUUCUUACACAUUCUUACCCCCAUCCAUGGGAUAUGAUUCUGACCGAUGUACGACACCUUCUGGAUAUAGCGUUCUUGGGGCUUUCAAAAGGGGAUCUUUGAGAAUUGCAAACGGUGCAGCAUCUCCGGCACCAUCGUCUUCAAGGGCUUCUCCGGAAAUGUCUAUGAAGACUGAAUAUUUUGGUUCGAAUAUUGCACUUCACGAUGACUUAAUCAAUAGGCCGCUAUCGAGAGAUAAACCGCUUUUUGUGGUUACAAACUCGAUGCUUCCAACCCGUGAGGUGGUGCGCCUUGUUCCGCCAUCACCUACAGACGAGAAACAUGACGAUGAAGAUGAAAUACCGAGUAGUCCAUUCAGUUUCGCCCGAAGCCCCAGUAUUCAUAGCGAAGAUAUUGACGAUUCGCCAUUCGAAUUCGAACCCCCAGCCAAUGAUACGCCGGAUAGCUUGCGACAUUCCCUUUUUAGACCGACACAGAGCUAUGAGAGUCUUUCUAGUACCGCGUCCAGUGCUAUAUCCACCGGAUAUGAGUACCACAAGAUCCUUUCAGAGCAAUGUUUGAACCGGCGUUUUGAUAAGCCAGUACGUGUUGAUGUCAAAAUGUCAAAGAUGUUUGCAUCAGCGCCUUUUGUUGGGAAUGAUGUGCAUGAUCAUACCUUCUCCGAGGGUGAUCAAAAAGGGGACGAUAAACACACUCGACGUACCAGUAUCAAUGAGGUUGGUGGUGAGAGUAUGGACUCUGGCUAUAGCUCCUCUGAGUCCGUAAAUAGUUGGAAAACAGCAUGGAGCCAUCAGCAUGCCAAAUCAAAAUCUACCGCUCGUAAAUCGGAAGUCUUGAUGACAACAAAGGACAAUCCAGUUUUUUCUGAAGAGGUUCUGAUGAAGCCCGAACAGCCAGUAUCGAGAAGGAGAAGUGUUGUUGCGGCCAUUCGGAGGAGAUAUUCUCAAGAGCGCAGUAAAUCCCUGUGGAAACCACGACCGGAGCUAAAACAUCGGAGAAGCAUGAUCACAGUUAUCAAAAGUUCAGUUCCACAAAUUGAAGUACCUAAAACCUCGCCUGACAUCCAGCCCGUACCCCCUCUACCUCAGCAUGCCAAGAUGGAGCGGAAGGGGGCUUUUAAUCUUCUUACUGUCGAAGAUUACCUACCUCUAGUAGAGCAGAUUCCAUUCACGCCGAUUAAUGACCGUAACAGAGGUGCAGCCGGCCUUGCUUUUACCAGUCCAGCUGGUAAUAUGCAUGACUCGAUUAUGCGCAUUAGUAUUGGGCCAGAGUUGUGUCGCGGCAGCAGGAUUACGGGGCAGGAAUACUAUCAGCGUUUCUCAAGGCAGCAGUCUACAGGAGUAAGGGCGAUGAUCGGUUGA